CCACGAACGAGAUAAGUGAUAACUCCAAUAAGUGCAACAAUAUAUAAAUAGAUUGAUGACAUACUAUUGCCAGUACCCAAGUGCAUCAGUUUACUUCUAAUUGUGAUCGAGGACGCACGUUCAAACCUGCAGUUGUAAAGUUUAACAAUAAGUAGUUUUAACAAAAACAAAAAUAAAAUACAAGAAGUUUAUAUUUAUUUUCAUAAAUUUAAAUAUAAUAUAUUAGUGAAUAUAAAAUGAGUAAUCAAGAAGAACAUAUUCAUGGACAAGAUUAUCAACCGCCACAAGCAGGAUUUACUAAGCAACCACUUUAUCCAAAUCUUCCUCCCCAAAUCGAUACGAAACCACCUUAUCCGUCUAGUCAACCAACGGCGCCAGAAAUUCCUCUGCCUCCUCCUUAUACUGCAGAAGCUCAACCCCCUCAACAACAACCUGUUGUCACUUUAAUACAACCGAGCAUCAAUUAUGGCUCUCAAGCAAUGACUAUAAUUUGUCCUCAUUGCCAUGCAAAUAUAACAACUAAAGUUGAAACUGAAGCGAACUUGAAAACGCAUAUUGUUGCAUUACUGCUUUGUCUAUUUCAAUGCUGGUUUUGUGCUCCAUGCGUCUAUUGUAUAGACGGCUGCUUGGUGAAGAAGCAUUACUGUCCUUCAUGCGAACAAUAUCUCGGAAGUUGUGAAAAUUAAUUUAAAUAUUUUAUUUAUCUUCAAUUUUGUUUUGUUUUCCUUUUUCCGGCCGCUUAAUUUACCUGAAUCUAUGAUGAUUACGUUGUAAUGUAUGUAAAUAUAUUAGCUAGAACUCCAUAAAAGAAUUUUAUUAACGAUAAAUAUUUAAAAACAAAAUGCCACUUAUUUGUACAUAAAG